AUGUCUCCAGUCCUUUGUGCUUCUCUGCUCAGAUCACUGCUCUUCAUGCUGCUGGCCAUGCUGUCAGCCAGCACUUCAGCCUACGGGAAGGGGAUAGAGCCCGGACUCAGGGCAGAGAACCUCUUCAAGAAAGCAUACGCUGGAUGCCCGACCCAAAAAGACUCAAAAUUCCCUCAGACUGUGAGAGUCAACAUAAGCAUCAGCAACACCAACCAGGACACCAAAGCGAGCCUGGAUGUCAGCAGCCGCUCUCUGGCUCCAUGGGAUUACAGGAUCGAUGAGGACCACAACCGCUUCCCCCAGAUGAUCGCUGAUGCCAAGUGCCGCCACUCCAGGUGCGUGACCUCCAACGGGCAGCUGGACCACAGCCUCAACUCCGUCCCCAUCAAGCAGGAGAUCCUCGUCCUCCGGAGGGAGAAGAAGGGUUGCCACCAGUCAUUCCGACUGGAGAAGAAAGUAAUCACUGUGGGCUGCACGUGUGUCACCCCCUUGAUCCGACACCAGGCUUAAAGCAGGAG